UCGAGGCAAGAGAAUUCUUGACGUAGGAUGUGGCCCGACUGUUCACAGAAUGGCAGCACCGAGUAAAUAUUUUUCGGAAAUUGUUUUGUCUGAUUAUUCCCAGUACAACCGUGAAGCUGUUCAAGAAUGGUUAAAAGACCAAUCGUCGAAGGAUUGGGAUACUUUGAUGCGAAUGGAAGCAUUACUUGAGGGAUAUGGAAACGUCGAAGAAGGAAUAAACGAAAUUAAACUUCGAUUGCGACAAAAAAUAAAAGAAGUAAUUCCUUGCGAUAUCUUGCAGAAAGACGUCAUUUCCUCGGACGUCGGAAAGUUUGAUGCGUUGUUUAUCUCUUUAUGCUUAGAAGCGGUUUGCACCACAUUAGAGGAUUUUAAAGCGGCUGUUAAAAUAUUUAACAAUUACAUUUUGCCAAAUGGAGGAUUAGUAAUGUAUUAAACUUGGAGAUCAAUAUGAUCUAAAAAAAUCAACAGAAUGCCCUUCGGAUCUUAGAAACAGGGAAAAACUAACCGUUGUUCACCAGGUUGGCAGCAACAAGAUAUUAUUUCAGAAGUUAGCAGUAAUGCUCGAAUGUAAUGUAAGCAAACAAUUCGACUAUUGAAAAAAUUAUGCAGACACGCCAGCAUCUGGUAUAUAAGUCAAGAAAACCUUUCCCAUUACUAAAGCAAGAAGGAACUUUUACUAUGGGCAAGGACAAAUGAGAUGGACGAUACGUGGAAACAUAUCUACUGGACCCACUACUCGCAUGAUUUAAGAAGGGAAAAAAGACUAUAUUCCAAAUGACAACCAGGUAGUGGUUCAGGUAUAA